CAGCAGACAAAAAUAACUUGGGUUAUGUAAAUUUGAGUUUAUUCCUGUAGUGGACGCCAGUUAAUUACUUGUAAGACUGGGACACAGAUCAUGAUGCGUCUCCUCUUAAUUUUUGCAUUCCUCGGGAAUGCAUUCGCCCUACAAGCAAACUCCAUAGACACAAAACAAGUCACUCCCAGCGUGAUCGUUGUGGGCGCGGGCGUCGCCGGGAUCAAGGCUGCAGCUCUCUUAAACGAGGCCGGAUUUAAUGUCACCGUUCUCGAGGCAGGAUCUCGAGUUGGAGGUCGUGUCAUGACGGUGAAAUUAGGCGAUGGACGACACAUUGAGAUGGGUGGAGAGUGGAUUCACGGACAAGUGAAUAACAGUGUUUUCGAACUGGUGGAACCCCUCGGCCUGGUUUUGGAUACAAUUGAAGACAACCAAAUUCUGGAGUAUGGAAACUAUUUUGGUCUACCAACCGGAGAAUUGCUGAAUUCCACUCUGGCUGGUGCAAUGGAGCAAUAUUUGGACUACGUUUGGUUCGACCCGGAAGAUUGGGGGGUGGAAGUGGAGGUAGACAUGUCACAGGGCGAGUGGGCGAGAUGGAUGCUGGACAGAUUUAAUGGCGUAUAUCCGAUUCAUGACAAUGCCACAUUUCUCGAAGCAGUUUAUGACUGGGCUCACAGGACAAGUAACGCUGAGGAAUCUUCGACAAGUUGGUUCAACGUGUCGUCAAGCGAUGAAGGGGAGCAGUACAUAUGGCUCGAUGGUCAUCCCAAUGUGCGGUGGAAACCUCCAUACUCUUACGCAAGUUUGUGCGAGCUUAUCUUGACCGGAUCCGUGACGGACGACAACUUCUACUCGCUCCCAGGAUACGUCAAGUUGGGCAGGGAAGUGUCCAACAUCCAGUACUCGACGGGUGCAAUUUCGGUAACGGUCACCACGACAAACCAGGAGCAAUAUAUAGCCGACCAUGUCAUCUUCACUCCAUCGCUGGGCGUCCUUAAAGCCAACCAUCUAACACUGUUUAACCCACCUCUGCGUGCCAAGAAACAACUAGCCAUCGAAAAUAUCGGAUUCGGGACCGUGUCGAAGGUCAACCUUGAAUUUGCCGAGCCCUGGUGGCCGCUCGAAUUUGAGGGCCUUUUCCCAGUGUGGGAUGACAUUGAUUAUACCAACGCCUCCCUUCAAUACUGGCGCGAGGACAUUACCGACGAGGAGUUACUUUUUGAAUAUGACGGAAUCCCCCUUUGGACCAGGGCGAUCCUUUCCUUUCACAACGUCGACUCUGGAUCAGCCCCAAAUAUUUUGAGGACCUGGGUGAGCGGAAACCCAUCCCGCUUAAUCGACCGGAGUGAUCCCGUCUACGUGCAGGAGAGCAUAAUGAAGGUCAUGCACAAAUUUUUGGACGCCACUUUUCCCAACAUGACGGAACCAAUUGUGUCGUAUAAGACCUUCUGGAGCACAAAUCCCCUUUUCCGGGGGACUUACAGCUACAGACGGCCAGAAAGUGAUGAGAACGACGUGUGGGCGAGAGACUUAAUGGAACCGGUGGAGCACUUGGCGUCGACCAAACCGUUGGUCUGUUUUGCUGGAGAGGCUACGCAUCCCACGUAUUAUGCAACUGUACACGGCGCUUAUGACUCUGGCGCAAGAGAAGCGGAGAGAAUUAUUGCGUGGUGGCGUGACAAUGCUUCGCCAUGACCAAAAAUAAAUGAAAAUAAAAUGCAACACUACAAAUGACGUUAUCGGAUGUAUGUAUAAAGGCAUAUCAGUAAUUUAUUGUUCAUGGAAAAAGUAAAAAUCAAAUUUGAAAUCAAA